AUGCAGCUCUCUGGCCUUACCACUUUCAUCGCCGCCCUGGCCCUGGCCGUCUCCAGCGUCCAGGCCCAUGCCACCUGCAACCCCAACAUUGCCCCCAACGGCCAGUACUUUGUGACCUCUAUCCGCAUCCCCCACUCCUUCCCGGGUUCCUACACCCUCAAUGUCUCCGUCAAGAUCCCCGACGGCGUCAACACCGUCAUUCCCCGUGAGCUCUCCGGCUGGAAGGUCGACUUCACCAUGCGUCCCCUGAACCCUCCUGUCGUUGUCGACGACGUGGGCAUCGUCAACACCACUGUCGAUACCGUCAUCUGGUACGGCGGCCAGCUCCUCAACGGUCUCUAUGAGGACUUUAGUAUCUCCAUGAUGCUCCCCAACGUCACCGAGGGCACCAAGCUGUACUUCCCCACCACCCAGAUCACCACCAACUCCACUGGCAUCAAGGUUCCUCUUGUCUGGGAUGCCAUUCCCUACCCCAACGGCACCCUUCCCGACGGUGCCGACGAUCCGGCUCCCUCUCUCACCCUGUACACCAACGGCGUUGUUCCCAGCCCCUCGCCCUCGACUGCUGCCAAGAGCAGCGGCCACAAGGCCACCGGCGCUGUCGCUGCCUGCCUGCUCGCUGUCGCCUCUCUCAUGAGCCUCAUGCUCUGAUUUGCCUGCCCAAUCCCCUGCGGACCAGCAUGUUUCUUCUCACUGUAUGUUCGUAUCCCCCAUGUCUCAACUGUAUUUCGCUCUCGCUUGCCCCGCACAAUUUGUUCAAAAUACACCAAUUGCUUUUGUG